UCGUAUUUUUUGUGCGGGAGCAAUCCUUUAGCAGAUCUCGUGUGGGUACGGGAAGUCAGAGAGUAGCGGAUUUGAGGAUCACUGGUCCAACUAGUGAGCAGUCACUUGAUCGAGAUCAUACAGCUAUUUAGCAAUGUCGGGGGACAACGAAGAAACACAGACUGCAGAUCAGACAUCGGUGGAUGAAACGGGGGUCCAAGAUCCAAUGAUCAGCCCAGAGAAGGCGGAGGAGGCUAAACUGAAGGCCAGAUACCCAAAUUUAGGAAAUAAACCAGGAGGCUCUGAUCUACUUCGUAAGCGCCUGCAGAAGGGGCAAAAAUACUUCGACUCUGGUGACUACAACAUGGCUAAAGCAAAGAUAAAGAACAAACAGUUGCCAACAGCUGCACCAGAGAAGACCGAGAUCACAGGGGACCACAUCCCCACCCCCCAGGAUCUGCCCCAAAGGAAACCCUCUCUGGUGGCCAGUAAACUGGCAGGCUGAUCCACACACAGCUUCAGCAGCCCCUGCAGCAUCUCCCAGCCCCAUAACCCACUCCACUGAAAUCUCAGAGCUGUAACAUUACCUCUCCCACCCCAAACACUUGCAUUCUCUCCUCCACACCACCCUGGACCUCACCCAACCAGAACCCACACCUGGCACCCAGGCUAGCUGAUAACUUAAAAAUCCUGUUAUUUUUUCUCCAGCCUCAUCUGGUUCAGUCUCUCCUUUCUGUCCCAGCCACCCUAAAUGACUUCUGCUUUCCUUCUUCUUUCAUAUUUUCUCUUUACUUCCAUGUAAGAUACACUGUAAGACAGCGUGAGUGUCAUCGAUUGUAUGUGAUGCCUUUGUACAGUAUGUAAGACACUUCACUGGCUUAAGAGAGGGGUGAGCAGCAGAAGCCGCAACUCAGACGGCUUUAUUUUCAUGUUCAGGAUCCCUCUGCUUGGAAGUGUGUAUGUUGAAAUUUCUCAAUGUUUGGCACAGUAGCGGGCAUUAGCCUUUUAGAAUGUUUUACAUCAGAUUAUUCACUGCAAGUCCUUAUAAAUUAUGCUGUCAGAAUGCUUGUGGGAUGCAAAGCACUUAUCCAAAAGCCAAGUCCAGUUUUGUUAACAUUUUCAAGACAGAGAGAGCAUCAUGGAUCUGCAUGUGUGGUACAGGGUUCCCUAAAGCAGUCGCCAGUAUGUUUCAUUUUAGUUCAUUAAAAGAAUAAGCAGGUGCGUAAACUGCUGGCACGCAUUACAGAAAUAGUGGUUACCAGGUAGAUGGUUCAUUCAAGACAUACUGGACCUUGGAGAUGUGUUCUUUUCUAAAGUGAAAGAAGAGGAGACGGAGUUGCCUCAGAUUGACUGAAAGGUUGCACUGCAUUGUGGUGUGUCAUUACAUUUCUAACCUCGGCCUGGUGACAUGGUGCUGUCUUGCGGUCACAGUUGUCAUGAAUGAAUCACCAUGCUCAAAGAGGGUGGAGAUAUAUAGGAGACCUGAAAAUGUGGGACCAGUCAUUGCGUCCUGUAUGCUGAGUAUAAUCCAUGACUUUAAAAAAAAAAAAAAAAACAGCACUAGGAGCAAGUAACGUGAUAACUUGAGUAAGAAUCUUUUGUAAUUAUAAUUAUGAAUUGAAGUAGUUUUAUCUUUAAAUUGUCCUCAGCUCUGUGUUGUGCUUUUUAAAGGUCUUUACUGACUGUAUGGAUGAUAUAAAUCUAAGCUAGCACUACAUCUGUCUGAGCUGUGCAUGUAUACGGCUGCCCUGCUGUCACAAUGUGCCAUUUUUGUUUUGUAAAUAAACUAGUUUUGCACAAAU